AGAAGACUCUGUUGUUACAACUCGCCACCGAAACUGUCAUGGCACCGUCCAGUGCUCAAGCUGGUCUAAGGACGCAAGAUGCUGGGCUUUUUGUCCGCGCGACAAGCGGGUUUGGAGGACCCUCUUCGCCUCCGGAGAGCGGAGGCCACGCGAAGGGUCUUGGGACUGGAGUUAAACAAAGACAGAGAUGUUGAAAGAAUCCAUGACAGUGGAGUUAACACACUUGACAUUGAACCUGUUGAAGGGAGAUACAUGUUAUCAGGUGGUUCAGAUGGUGCGAUUGGACUUUAUGACCUUGAGAACUCCAGUAGACAACCUUAUUACACAUGUAAAGCUGUGUGUUCCAUUGGCAGAAGCCAUCCUGAUGUUCACAAAUACAGUGUGGAGACUGUUCAAUGGUAUCCUCACGACACAGGCAUGUUUACAUCAAGUUCAUUUGAUAAAACGCUGAAAGUAUGGGAUACCAAUACUUUGCAGACUGCAGAUGUAUUUAAUUUUGAGGAAACUGUUUAUAGUCAUCACAUGUCUCCAGUUGCCACCAAGCACUGUUUGGUAGCAGUCGGUACCAGAGGACCCAAGGUACAACUGUGUGAUUUAAAGUCUGGAUCGUGUUCUCAUAUUCUGCAGGGUCACAGACAGGAAAUAUUGGCAGUUUCCUGGUCACCACGAUAUGACUAUAUCUUGGCAACUGCAAGUGCUGACAGUAGAGUAAAAUUAUGGGAUGUGAGGAGAGCAUCAGGAUGUUUGAUUACUCUUGAUCAACAUAAUGGAGAAAAGUCACAAGCUGCUGAAUCAGCAAGCACUGCUCAUAAUGGGAAAGUGAACGGUUUAUGUUUUACAAGUGAUGGGCUUCACCUCCUAACUAUUGGUACAGAUAAUCGGAUGAGACUCUGGAAUAGUUCCAAUGGGGAAAAUACACUAGUAAAUUAUGGAAAAGUUUGUAACAACAGUAAAAAAGGAUUGAAAUUCACUGUUUCCUGUGGCUGCAGUUCAGAAUUUGUUUUUGUGCCAUAUGGUAGCACCAUUGCUGUUUAUACAGUUUACUCAGGAGAACAGAUAACUAUGCUUAAGGGACAUUAUAGAAGUGUUGACUGCUGUGUUUUUCAGUCUGAUUUCCAGGAACUUUACAGUGGAAGCAGAGACUGCAAUAUUCUUGCCUGGGUACCAUCUUUAUAUGAACCACUUCCUGAGGAAGAUGAGACUAAAACCAAGUCCCAGUUAAAUCCAGCCUUUGAAGAUGCCUGGAGCAGCAGUGACGAGGAAGGAUGACUGUCAGCCCUGAGGACCUUUGUUUCUCUCAGGAUGAAACUUUUUAAACAGCGCUAUUUAUGUGGAGGGUUUUGUAACUGUUCAUUUUAUUCCUAAAAAUUAAAUAUGGGUGAUAUUUUUUACUAAUGUAUUAAAAUGAGGUUAAUAUUUCUAUGAACUCCUAAAAUCUCAUGUCAUUUACUCAAUUAGCAUAAAUCAGUAAGAAAAGCAACUGUAAAAAUAAGCAAAUGAUGUUAAAAAGUAAUUCAAACGUGACACCUCAAUAGCUACAAAAGUCUGUGUCAGAUCCAGUGUGAAGUACAGGAAGACACACCAAAAUGUUUUUAUUUGCCAAAACAUUGUAGUAAACAGUUGAUCAGCAAGAGAUGAUCAAAGAAUAUGGUGAAUGUUUCCAUGGAAAACAUUUAUUAUAGUAACAUUGCUAUUAAUUCCCCUCAAAAUACUUUCUCUUAAUUCACUUAUCCUGUCAUGAUGGCAAAGACAUUUAACAUAAUAAGUUUGUUUUUAUUUAAACAUUUUGUGGUGAAAAUGAGCAAAGAAAGGCCCAUUUUUCAAUCACUUUUGUAAUAAUAAAACAAUAAAAUGAACAUACACGUAUAGUCUGAAAACAGCAAGGACUUAGAGAAAUAACUAUUGUAUGUAGAUUGUGGUAGAGGUGUAAAUUGUUAUUGUUGAGGAAAGUAAGAUAGUGCUGUGGUCUGAAUGUUAAUGACCUCAAAUUCGUGUAUGAAUCUGUGUCUCCAAACAUAAGGACACCCCACUCCCACCCCACCAUAUGCACACUCAUAGGAAGGGGAAGGAAAAGCCAUGAGAACACACAUUGAGAAGAAGACCCUAACUAUAACCUACCACAUAGGCACCCUGAUCUUGGACUUCUAGCCUCCAGAGCUGUAAGAAAAAAUUAUCUGUUUUUUAAGCCACCCGAUGUGGUGUUUUGUUAUAGCAGACUGAGCUCAGUCAAGGUAGUCAGCCACAAGCCGUGCAAACUAACUCUGGGUCAUUCAAACUGGAAAGGAGCUUUAACAGUAUGAAGAAGAUUCCAGAGUCUCCACAAAGGCUGGGCAGCAGCCCUGUAAAAAUAGGAGCCAAGAGUUUCUGCUGACAAACCAGACUGAGGAGCCACCUCCCUCACUGGCAGACACAGCUCCUUUGUGUCCUGGUUUCAGCUUCAGAAUCCUGUGUGGGGACAAUGAGGGUUGUAUCUGCUUGGCCAAGUGUCUGUGACUGUGGCUGUGUUCUCCAGUGGCCCAAAGGGCUGGCAAAGGAGGUGUUCUGCAUGUGCAGCUUCUUCUCGUGGGAGGUGAGCUGGGUCACUGACUGUCUUACUCAUGAGAACACCUCAAAAACAGGACGAAGGGUCAGACACGGGAGGCACAAAACACGCCCUUGAAACAGAACAAUACAUCUCAUGACUAGCAACUCCAUUUCUAAGAACAAACCCUAAAAAUUUUUCUCUACAUGGAUGCAAGAAAAUAUUUAUUCUUAUAUUUAUUGUUUCAAAAAAAUUGAAAUAAUGCCAUUUUAUUCAUUAUGAGCAGUAUAGAUGCAUGGUUUAGUUAUACAAUAAAAUACUAUAAAUGAAAAAACUUUAUUCACUUAUUUUUAAUUAUAUUAUUUAAUACAAUAUUAAUAUUUGAGUAGACCAUGUCGUUGUUUUAUCCAGAUUCCCUUGGAGCCUUUGUUGAUCUCCAGAGUUCACUUCACCAACAUAAUUGUCUCAAGUCAGUUUCCAGGAACCUCAGUGAAGACAAUGUACUAACAAAAACUCCCAAUUAUCCCCAUCCAUGCCUGUACUCUUCUCUCCACUCACCUCUAUGUGAAUGUGCAUGUGCAGAUCUAAGCCACAGUCUCUCCCUAUGCACUCUUUCCAGCCCCUGCCAGCCUAUUCCAGGGCAUCGCUGCAGUUGUCUUUCUUCCAGUGCCAUAACCUUUUCGUUCUCCAAUAGUUUUUCCAACAUAUAAUAAACCUAGCAUAAAUGUCAUAUCUUUAGAAAAAACUCUAGACUUUUGUAUAGAUUAAAAAUUGGUGGUUAACUUAAUGCCAGCAGAAUUAAAUCACCAUGGUGUUGAAUGUAGAUGUUUCAUCUAAGGAAGGUUGCCAGCAUAAAUAGAGAUGUGGAGAAGGAGACGGGAGGCGUGGAGGCAUGGAGGCCUUGUGGGUUCUUCUUGUUGCUGUUUGAGCCUUUGGUUCUCCUGGAGGAGCUCAUCAGCUUCCCCAGUCUGAGUUCGACCACUGUCAUAGGAGAAGCUUGGGACCUUGCUGGUGAGAGUGGCUGUGGUUCAAUUUGGAGGAGCUCUGGACCUUACAUGGAGCACCGCUUCCUGCUUCCGGAGGGAAGGACAUGUGCCAUUUAAUCUCCAGGAGAAACUCAUCACACUGGCUUCCUGGCAUGCACUCGACUGUGCUUGUCAUUAGAGGAGCUGGGGGCCUCCAUGUUGCUGAGGAUGGCUGUGGUGCUUUUUAGGACAGCCCUGGUCUUUAUUAUAAGCGUGACUUCUCAGUUACAACACAGAACCUCAACCUACCUGCACAGUUCCUUCACCCUUUGUCAUGGACUUACUGGCUUCGACGACUGACCUUUGGGCCUUCUCAGCAUGGAUCCGUAAAAGAGACUGAUGUGAGUCCUUCUUGUAGGCUCUAGACCUCCAGUUGGACUAAUAGGCAUUGUCAUGAGCUCUGGGUCUUCAUCUGGACUCAUGUGGGACAUUGCUGUGAAAUUUAGGCCCUUGGCUAAAUAUUCUGUGUCUUUAGUGUUGUGGAUAUAUUUCCUACAUUUUCUUGGGUUAACUCUGGGUGACCAUCAUCUAAUAAUAUUAUAAAUUCCAUGUUCUGAUUCUAAUUGUUCUGCUCACAAUCCUGACUAAAACAACUUUAUUUGC